GUUCCUGUUGAAAAGCCAUAUUACGAACUACUGUAAAAAACUGCUUCUGAAAAUAAAAUAAAUACUUCCGCCACUAUUAUUACAUAUGUACAUAUAUAAAAAAUAUAUACAUCAAAUUCGUUUUUUGAAUUCCUCUUUUGGUAAUGUUAAUAAAGGCAAUAACUAAUAAGUUUUUUUGCGAGUCGGCUAGCAGUCAAAAACUGUUACUUGCUCAGUUCUCCUUCCAUGGGGAAGCAUUGAUUUUUCGUCCAAGAAAUUCAACUGGAAAACCGGAACUGACCUUUCUAAGUUAUUAUAAUUAUUAGACUAAUAUUGGUUGCACGUUAUGGGUGCCUACUUAUCACAGCCGAAGACGGAUAAAGCGUCUACAGAUGAAUGCAAUGAUAUGCUUGCCGUUGGAGCCAGUUCUAUGCAAGGCUGGCGGAACAGCCAAGAGGAUGCACACAAUUCAAUUUUAAGUUUCGAUACGAAUACAUCUUUUUUUGCUGUUUACGAUGGUCAUGGCGGAGCUGAGGUAGCCCAAUAUUGUGCCAAUCAGUUUCCACAGUUUCUUAAAAACCUUGAAACAUAUAAAAAUGGACAAUUUGAAAAGGCACUAAUAGAUGCUUUCUUGGGAUUUGAUAAAACUCUGCUUGAUCCUUCGAUAGUCGGUAUUUUGAAAAUUUUGGCAGGUGAACAUAAUUUUGUCGAUGCUGAUACAGAAGAUUAUGAAGAUGAAGAAAAUUUAGCUAAAUUGCAAGAGGAAAGCAACUUGCCGCUAAAUAAAGUUCUGGAAAAUUAUAAAGGACUUCCGCAGACUGACGCAUUGAUAAUGAAAUCGGAGAGUGAAGUUAAUUUAAGAAUGAUUUCGCCACGUGGUCGUCGUGCUGCAGCAUUAGCUGCCGAAGCUGCUAAUAAGGUUGUAAUGGACCCCACCGCCAAACCUGAAGGUUCUUCCACCUCAGCAGCAGCUGGGAUAUCUGUCCGUGAUGUAUUUGACUAUACCGAUUCUAGGUUCGCAGAGAAAGAAAUAAAAAAAUCAGAAAACGAUUCAACUGUUAGUAGCAACAGCAGUGUCAACCAUUCAUGCAGUAAUUAUGUUUCAUCACAAAGUAACGCUGAAAAAAAUGAGAAAUCAAGUGGGAUCUUUUUAAAGUCAGAAUUGGUUACUCCUUCAAAGCCUUGUGUUGUAAUCAAGAAUGAUAACGAUAUCGCCGAUUCACAUACAUCAGUAGUACCUGAGACGGAAGAUAUCAGCAAAGUGAAUCGAAACGGACGAAUUUCUAAAACCGGGCAUUCAAUUUCAUCUACCAGUAAAGAAUCUAAACAUCUCAUUAAAUAUAAUUCUCAAGAGGCAGAGUCAACCGAUGACGAUGCAGAUUACGACGAGAAUAACUUAGUUGAAAGUCCAGAUAUUUCCUCCUCAGAAAGUUUUGAUGAAGACAUUGAAGGCUGUACUGCAAAUUAUGACGACGAUGAUGAUGAUGAGGACGAUGAAACUGAGUUUAGUGACGAAGAAGAAAUGGAUGAGGAUCAGAUAGCUAAUGAUCGUUUUUGCGCUAAUAUGAUGGAAGAACCUGGUAAAGAUAGUGGAUGUACUGCGGUUGUUUGUUUGUUGAAUGGUCGAGAUUUGUAUGUAGCAAAUGCAGGCGACUCUCGAUGUGUAGUAUCUCGUAGUGGUAAAGCUAUUGAAAUGAGUCUUGAUCAUAAGCCUGAAGAUGUCGAAGAAGCUUCGAGGAUAAUUAAGGCAGGCGGUAGAGUUACUCUUGAUGGUCGCGUAAACGGUGGAUUAAAUUUGUCUAGAGCCCUUGGUGACCACGCCUACAAAUCUAAUAUUGAACUGCCAGCUGAGGAACAAAUGAUAUCUGCAUUACCUGAUAUUAAAAAGCUUAUUAUCACUCCGAAAGACGAGUUUAUGGUGUUGGCGUGUGAUGGUAUAUGGAAUUAUAUGUCCAGUGAGGAAGUCGUUAGUUUUGUACGAUUCAGGUUAAAGGAUAAAAGCAAGAAAUUGUCUAAUAUUUGUGAAGAGCUUUUUGAUAAUUGCUUAGCUCCGAAUACGAUGGGUGACGGAACUGGUUGCGACAACAUGACAGCUGUAAUUGUAAAAUUCAAGGAAAAGCUCCAAGACCUGCAGACUACCAUUAAUCCCACUGAAACAGAAGAUAUGCUAGUUGACGCCUAUAAUCCAUUUGAGGUAUCAGAUGUUAGUAAUGAUAAGAGUGCGCUUAAGCGAUUCGUUUUGCCAGAUACCUCUCCUGAAGGUACUUAUUUAGAUAAAGAUAACAAGUCCAAACGAUUAAAAACUGAAUUGGAACCAGAGGAUGAUAUUAGCUCAACGCAAUCGCCAGCUGAACAAAAUGAGUGCCGUGGCCUGGCGGCGAUUAAUGAAGUUACAAUAGCUGUCUCUUCACCAUAAUUUUACAUUAAUUUGUAACCUGCAUUUUUGUCAUAGUGUUGAAAAAGCCGUUAAUGGCAGGAUUACACAAAAAUAUUAAAUAAUAAACAUUAAUAAAUUAAAUUUAAAUAAA